GCCUCCCCCAGUCUCCAGUACAUGGAUCACUCCUCCUCCUCUCUUCAGCUUCCCUCCCCAGUACAUGGAUCACUCCUCUCUUCAGCUCCCCCGUCUUCAGUACAUGGAUCACUCCUCCGCGCCUCUCCCCCUAACAACCUGCUCUGUGGUAUCUCCUGUAAACCAGGAGGCCCCGCCCCAUUGAUGACGAGACUCCGCCUCUUCCGGUGACAUCACACAUGACGGAGCUCCUCCAUUCUCGUCAGUACCGGGAUUGUUCUCCCGCGGACGUUUGUCACCGGAAGUAACGAAUUCCCGAACGUCGGAGAGCCCGGAUCCGGCGGGAGCUUGGUGAAUCUCUCGAUGGCCGCUCUUUCCCUCCACUCGGACCCAUUUGCUGAGGUUGGCACCUCCACUGUAAAGCCGUUUUCUCAGAGGGUGGUCCGGCAUGCCCUGGCCAUCAUGCAUCUCCUCAUCACUGAGGGGGAUCUGGCGGGGGACAUGACGUUGCGUCUGUCACUAGAUCAGCGGACUGAAGACCAGAAAAUUGUCAUUGAUCAAAUCAUGAAGCUGGUUCUGGGAAUUCUGCACCUGCUGAACGAGGGCCCCGUGUCUCAUGAACAAGCUGUGAACUUGUCAGAUGAAGACUGGACGCAUCUCGAGAGAGAGCAGCGGGAGCUGUACGGCAACCUCCUGACCGAGAAUGAGCAGACCCUGCAGGGCAUGGGUAAUGACUGCGACUCAUCACCAGGCAUGAAUAGAGCCCAUCCCCCGGUUUGCGGGUCCUUCAAUGUCAAAAUGGAGACUGCGCUGGGAAUGGGGCAGAAGGAAACUCCUCCAACCAGUGUGUCUGCCAGCGGCCAAGAUGGAAAGUCCGAUGCCUGCAGCGAUGCCCCGGCCGAUCCCGCCAGAAGUCCAUUGCCUGAUUCCUACCACCCCAACACCUUCUUAAGUCCUGGGAGCGAUUGCAGCCGUUCCUUCCAUGAAACAUCUGGCCGUACAAGCGCGCAUGGAGUGCCUUCUUCAGCUUCCCUCGGUGCCUUCCAGAGAACAUGCCCCAACCCCUGCAAGGAUCCCUAUGUGACUGUAUUUCCAGAGGCCUCAGGUGCCAACAGCUACAGUGAGGCCUAUGCCAGUAGCUCCACUGACGACUUUACAGAAAACAUAUCCAUUAUUCAGAUCAAGCGGGAAGCAUCUCCAAGCGACCUCCAACCACAAGCCAGUACUGAGGACAUUGAUGUCAGUCCUGAGACUUCCUGUGUGGAACAAGCACUCCAGGGCUUAAGCAGAAAUCAUGGGAAACCAGCAAAGGCAUCAAAUGGAAGCAGAGCACCCAAAGUUAGUAAGCCGCUUGACGUGACAAGGGCAUAUGUGCCUGCUAAGAAGCCAUUUCAGUGUCUGAGAUGUGAAAAGAGCUUUAACCGUACAUCCCACCUCAUUAUGCAUCAUCGAGUGCACACCCGAGAGAGGCCCUACGUGUGUGAGUGUGGGAAGGCGUUCACUCAGAGCUCUAACCUAUUCAGACAUCAACGAGGCCAUCGACAUCACAGAAUGCAGCUCCAUGGGCAGAAUUAUUCAUGCCCUCAGUGUAACAAGGAGUUUCCGGACCUGUCAAUACUUCUUACUCAUCAAAGGACCCAUCACAGGGCAGAAGACGGACUUGUGGGUGCUGUGGAGACUUGUGACUCCAAAGUAGGAUAAAUGGAAGGGGAUGAGCACUAGUCUCUUAGAACGGCUUCAAGGGUUAAUAACUGUAGAAGACUAAUGAUCUGGAAUAAAAUCUGUGAUCACAUCCUUUUA